AUGUUGACGGCGCCGCCGAGACGCGGCCUCUGCGAUCCGUUGCUCAGCCGUGCACCAGCCAACAACACGAUCGUCCACGCCAGCAGCAAGAAUCGCGUGCGCGACCACAUCUCUCGCGGCUGCCUACGGCGAAACCACCUGGAACAGACACGACCAGGCUGCUUCAACACACUGAAAUAAUCGGCCGAACUGGGACUUUCGCACUAUAGGUAGGUGUAGGUUGCCUAGUGCAGCCCUUUUUUAAUUUAACGAUCUAUGUUAAAAAGAUUAUUCACAGGCGAGAGAGAGAGAGAGAGAGAGAGAGAGAGACUGGUGGCAGAAAUUAUUUUUCAAAAAGCAAGCUGUUAGAAGAUAUUUGUUGAAGCUACUAGAAAGCUGUUGAGUUUAGCAAUUAGUCGUUGUUACGUCGUUGUGCUGGUGAAGCGAGUGAGUUUCUCGCAUUGGAAUUGUUGGUAGCUUUGAAAAUAUCGAUCCCACUAAUAUACAGCGUAAGAGGAUUGCAAUGAAGCGUCCACCAUACCUGACCCGACCGCUUUUCCCUCUCUGCGAUUUCUUCCCUCUGCGGAUUCUCAGCGUUCCUUCGAGUCUGUUGUCAAACGGCGUUUUCUCGCGAUACUAACUUUAACGUUGAAAUCUCUGACAUCGUGCGAAUCGUUAAAAUAUGCCUCACUGGCAACGAAAGUUGCAUCCCGACGUGUUCCCAAUCCUUUGCUACUACUCUUCUCCAAGUGAAGCUUUUUAUAAAGCUCUCCUUACUCGAUACUUCUUCGUUCUGAUACCUGAGAGUUUCUCUGUUCAUCGGAUGGCAUUCUGAAGCAUUCAAGAAGCUUCAAACAUUUAUUUCCCGAUACGUUGGAUCUUCUGCAUCUUUGCAACGAAUAAUUUCACCACGAUCAAUUUCAAACGAUCGAACGCACAAAACUGAUCCUUGAAACGUGGCAAUUUCCUCGCGCCAUCGAGCUCACCAGUUCCGCCACGAUUAAUUAAAAACUACUAACUCUCACUAUCUCCAUUUUGUUGAAGUUGCAUCUGACGCGAGUAAAGUGUUUUCGACUCUCGGUGUCGUCAGCUGGUCGCCGUCCUCGCGAGUACAACGAGUCACCGCGCGGGUAGAUCGCCGCGAGUUAUCUCGUUUUGUAGGUCUAGGUGUACAUCGUCGAGGCGUUUGCAGAAGCAGUACGUGGCCUUCAUCCCCACCUAACCACCGAGCGAACACCUUGGUCUAACGCGGUGUAACGCUGCUCAAGUCGGGCAGCGAUUUGUGAAGAUUCGAGACUCAUUUGGGCAUCUGAUCUAUCAUUUUCUUUCUUAGAAAAUUAUAAAAUCUUCCUCACUUUAACGCGCGGUUGAUAAGUAAGUAUAAAAACGGAUAUCAUUCGUAUCGAGGAGAGAGGAAGAAUUUCUCAAAAUAGUUUUCAAAGCCUCGUGUGCUCGACGCUUGAGGUUCACAACUUCUAAAAAGAAAAAGAGAGAACGAAUUUCCUUCGCUUCGAGAGCUAUCGUAUUCUAUGCAAGUAAUAGUUCGCCUUAUAAUUUUUUUCUUUUCUAUCUCCUUCUAUUUCUAUGGAUGCUCGACAGCUUCGUAUUAAAGGAUUGCUCUUUCAAAGAUUCCCGGGUGUGUUCUAAUUUUUUUCACAAACCGAAACAAGAAAUCUUAUUUAAUAUAAUAUAUAAUGAUAUAUCAGUGAAGAUCUUCGAAGUUUCAAGGAUUUUUCCGACGAAACCGCAGUUUCGAUGUCUCUCUCAAUGAUCUGGAUUUUUCUUGUCCCGAAGGCUCGAGGAGGAUCUGCAAGGAGCGGUUCCCGGGCAGUGAUUGUCGUUCGUCUCGGUUGGCCGCGUACACGCGAAUUCGUGCAUCUUGAUAAACGUCCACACGACACGCGAUCGAUCGUUAUGCACAUCGACUGCGAUUUAUGCGCCGCUCUGUAUUAACGGUAUAUAUCGUUGGUGGAGUGCGUUUGACAAUGAAACUGUUCACUUCCGUGUUAAUAACUGAACGUAAAUCUGGCCUUUCAGCAUUCUCUCUUCCCCUGUCUCUAAAGUUUUUCCCGCCUUACGAAAUUUUUCUUUACGUUCUUUCAACUUUUUUCAGCGUUCCUUGCGAAACGAGAGAGUCAAAGACAAUUUACUGACCUUCGGCAUUACAUCGACAGCUUGCCGUAAAACUCAGAAAAGAAAAUCAAUGGAAACUGGAACAACAAAUGGAAACGCACGUAAAAAUCCUCAUGUGGCUAAUAAUAAUGAAAAGUGAACUUUUUAAGAAGACAAUUGCUCGUUCUCUACCGAGACACGACCAAGUUGUAAUUUCAAGGAUCAUAACGGGCUAUGAUGAUCAAACUCAUCUAUCAGUAUCUUCUCAACAAAGAAGAUCCCCCAACUCG